AUGCUGCGCCUGAAAAAUCCACCAAUAUCUUUUUUCUUUGCGAUAUUUAUACUCAUUAUCUUUAUUUUCAUCUUAUCGCCAGGAUGGGUGAAAACACCUGCUUAUGAAUCAGUUAAGAUUGAUUACAUGACAAAAUUAAUGGAAAAACCUACCAACCUCACAGAAUGGAAACAAAGACAUUACAUAACAAGUUUUUUAAAUAAAAAUCGUGAAGUAAGAAUAUAUAUAACUGCAGGAGAUUGGUAUACAUAUCAAGAUUAUUUAAAACUCAAAUUUAAACAUGAUGAAACAUUAGCAAAUUGUGAUAUACCAUGUAUCUGGCAAGUAAAAACAUUAAAAGAUUUAAGAUACAAAGAGCUUAGAAAAGCUGAUGCACUUCUUUGCGUCAACCAACCGAAUUUACCAAAAAAGAAAGCAUGGAAUGGACAAAAAUUUAUACAAUAUACUUUAGAGCCUACGACUCAUUGCCCACAAUGUCAUGAUAAGAACGAUCUAUUUGAUAUCCGCGCAACAUUUACUGAAGGCUCUGAUGUACCGACAAGCUAUAUUAGAACGGAUGCUGAAAAAUGGAGAAUAAAAACUCCUUUUAAUGUAAAAAAGUUAUCACAGAAUUCUCCAUUUAUCUCAUUUGUCGCUUCCCACUGGACAAAAUUUCGUCAAACAUUUGUUAAAGAUCUUCAAGACCAUAUUCCUGUUGCAUCUUUCGGUAAAAUUCAUCGGAACACCGAAUGGAAAAUUUAUCCUGAAUGCUUGAAAUUAGGGCUCUUUGAUGCAAAGAAUUGUGUCAUUUCUAAAUACCCAUUUUACUUAUCAAUUGAAAAUUCUCAAGAAGACGACUACAGUACUGAGAAACUUUGGGAUGCGUUUGAUUUAGGUAUCGUGCCUGUUAUAUGGGGUGCUCCUAAUACUCGAUCAUACUUACCACAUCCUAAAUCUGCUAUUUUUAUCAAUGACUUUCCGGACAUUGAGACUCUUGCACAUUACUUGAAAUAUUUAGUUAAAAAUGAAACUGCAUAUUUAGAAUAUCAUAAAUGGCGAACUAUGGAAUUUACUGAUGAGUUUAAGAAGAAAUCAUACUUGAGUAUGUAUAAUUUUGAAUGUAAUGUUUGUAGGGAGGUUGCUCGAUUAAGGAUUAUUGAAGAACAUGACGAUGAUAUCGAUACGUGA